AUGAUGGUAUCACGCCGCCGUUCCGUGCAAUACAAUGAUUUCGAUGUUAACGACAUGAUAAGGCGUUUGUUAGCCGUUAAGUCCUAUCAGAAAUCAUUGGAUAUAAGCGAGCAUGAAUUGAAGAUGAUCUGCAAUCUGUCAAGAUCCAUAUUCAUGAGUCAACCGAUGUUACUCGAACUCGAGGCUCCACUCAAAAUUGCUGGUGAUAUUCAUGGUCAAUACUGCGAUUUGCUUCGACUGUUUGACCUUUGCGGCUAUCCGCCUGAGUCAAAUUACCUCUUCUUAGGGGAUUAUGUGGAUCGUGGACCAAAGAGCAUCGAGACAAUUGCACUUCUUUUGUGCUACAAAAUCAAAUAUCCGAAGAACUUCUUCGUGCUGCGAGGUAAUCACGAAGUGGCGAAUCUGAAUCGAAUCUACGGCUUCUAUGAUGAAUGUAAACGACGGUGCAGUAUCAAAAUCUGGCGAUGUUUUCAAGACGUCUUCAAUUGUCUGCCGGUUGCAGCGUUAAUUGAGCACAAAAUAUUUUGUUGUCAUGGUGGGUUGUCACCGUCACUGAGAAGUCUCGAGCAAAUCAAACGGAUCACACGACCGGUUGAUGUCCAAGAAACUGGAUUAAUGUGCGAUAUUCUGUGGUCUGAUCCAGAUGCAAACGUGGUCGGAUGGGCACCAAAUGAACGUGGAGUGUCGUAUGUGUUCGGAGCUGAAGUAUUGGCACAAUUCCUGCGCAGGAUGGAUCUCGAUAUUGUCGUCAGAGGGCAUCAGGUUGUUGAAGACGGUUAUGAAUUCUUUGGGCGCCGCGGUUUGGUGACCAUAUUUUCCGCACCAAAUUAUUGCGGUGAAUUCGAUAAUGCUGGUGCUAUUAUGAAUGUUGACGAGAACCUUCUCUGUUCAUUCCAGGUGACUGAUUUUCUCGGAAUAAAUGUUUAUCGCCAAACAAAAUUUCCCAAAUCCGACCUCUCCGUCUAUUCCACCGACAGAACUGCAAUGCUGCAAAUUUCAUUCGCGUCUAAUUGCUCAACGACGUUGUGCAAUUUUUUCAGUCGCAUUCUGCUUGCAACUCAUAUACUCAAACCGUCGCCAUUGGCGUUGAAAGAACGUGGUAAUAUGCUUGGCUCAUUGAUAAAAGUACCACAAAUUGAAAUGAGAACAACAAAAUUGUUCCGUCGUGGUAUGAUUUGA